AUGGAAUCACUCAACAACUUAAGCGGUCACGUUAAAGACCACACCAAGAAAGAUGUUUUGGCAAAACACCCAGACGACGUUGUUAUUGUCGCUGCUUACAGAACCGCCAUCGGUAAAGGCUUCAAAGGUUCAUUCAAAUCAGUUGGUACGGACUUUAUUUUGACUGAGUUUUUAAAAGAGUUCCUUGCAAAGACCAAGGUUGAUCCAAAGUUGAUUGAAGAUGUCGCUAUUGGUAAUGUUUUGAACCAAGGUAUUGGUGCUUUUGAACAUCGUAGUGCUUCUUUAGCUGCUGGUAUUCCUUACACAAGUGGUUUUGUUGCUAUCAACAGAUUCUGUUCAUCUGGUUUAAUUGCUAUUUCAGAUAUUGCUAACAAGAUUGCUGUUGGCGAGAUUGAUUGCGGUCUUGCUGGUGGAGUUGAAUCAAUGUCCAAGUAUUACAAACAGACUAUCCCUCAAUUCGAUCCACACUUGGCUGACAAUGACAAGGUUGCUUCUUGUUUGAUACCAAUGGGUAUCACUAAUGAAAAUGUCGCCAACAAGUACAACGUCUCAAGAGAAGCACAAGAUGCUUUUGCUGCCAAAUCAUACAACAAGGCAGAAAAGGCUAUUGCAACUGGUAAAUUCAAGGAAGAAAUUUUGCCAAUCAGAUCUAUCAUCCGUGAUGGUGAAUCUGAAAAAGAAAUCACUGUUGAAACUGAUGAAGGUCCAAGGAAAGAUGUCAACGCUGCCGGUUUGGGUAAAUUGCCACCAGCUUUCGGUGGCAGUACCACAGCUGGUAACGCUUCACAAAUCUCAGAUGGAGCUGCUGCUGUGUUAAUGAUGAGACGUUCUUUUGCUGAAAAGCACGGAUACCCAAUCAUUGCCAAGUAUGUUGCUUGCUCAGUUUCCGGUGUUCCUCCAGAAAUUAUGGGUGUUGGUCCAGCUUUUGCUAUCCCAGAGGUAUUGGAAAGAACUGGUCUCAAGGUUGAUGACAUUGACGUGUUUGAAAUUAAUGAAGCUUUUGCUGGUCAAUGUUUAUACUCUAUUCAAACCGUUGGUAUUGAUGAGUCAAAGGUUAACUUGAACGGUGGUGCCAUUGCUUUAGGACAUCCAUUGGGAGCUACUGGUGCUAGACAAUAUGCUACCAUCAUGCCAUUGUUGAAACCAGGACAAAUUGGUGUUACUUCCAUGUGUGUUGGUACUGGUAUGGGUGCUGCUUCAGUUAUAGUCAGAGAAUAG